CGCGUGAGGGAGGGUCCGGGCGCGAGUUCCCGGCUAGCCCCGGUAGAGAGAGGACGUGUGUGAGUCAGUGGCCGGCAAGACCACCUCCUUGCCUCACACAACACCAGAUACGGCCAAGGAACACUUACCCACUCAAGCACUGACCUGGCCUUACUAGACUACCCCACUCAAGCAAUGAUCUGACUAAGUAAAGUCUAUCCUUCAAGCACUGUCCCACGCAACCCACUCAAGCACUAACCUGAUCUUACAAGACAAUCCCACUCAAGUGCUGCUCUAAUCUAACUAGACCAUCCCACUCAAGCACUAACCUGAUCUUACAAGACAAUCCCACUCAAGCGCUGCUCUGAUCUAACUAGACCAUCCCACUCAAGCACUGCCCUGACUAUUGUGGAUCUAUCUGCAAAGUCAUUUGAGGUUGCUGAGUGUCGUGGGCCGCGCGUCACCUGCAAGCGCUGACGGAGGAAAAGUCCCUCUACUCGAAGCCCCUGAGUCUCCCUCACCUUUUCCCCGACCACGCUAGUCACACACCUGAGGACAGAAGCGGAACGGGGAGAGGACAAUCAAAGAUGAGACAUAAACUCACACGCUAGUUAUGGAUGGCUGCGGAGGAUGCAGGUUGAGAAAGACUAAACCAUUUCACAAGGUCAUUCAGGUGGCCGAGCCUUGUGGGGGUUUAGUCCUGUGUAAAGGGACCCUAGACAAGUUAACUCAGGUGCACGAGCCUUCAGGGCAGCCGAGGCAAAGAAACAAGUGUGUACUGGUUCUCGUAGCUGAAGAACUCUGGACAAAGUAGCCAUGGUGUUGUUGAUCCCUGAGGAGGUCAAGUCCAGUGUAUGAACUCGGUGCUUGAUAACGAUGGUGCUCUGGUCACGUACUGCCGCUAGCAGGGUAGACUUGCCCACGUCCCUCUGAUGCCCUUCACCUUAGGACAGGAACUUCGUUUCAUGUGUUGUUGUGUGAUGUUAGAGAGGUUCCUGUCCUCAGGGCAUAGUUUCUUGGGGCUCACUUGUAGAUAGGGCGGCCAACUUCUUGACAUUUCUUCCAUAUUUCCAAAGCCGCAUGUAUGUCUUCUUGUUUCAUUAGUUGUCAUUGAUGAACCUGGUGGAAAUGGUUAACAUGUGUGACAUCAGACUUUCCUAAUCAUCGGCAUUAUAGCUAUCCCGGGUCGACACUUUAAAAAUAACCAUGGAAAAUAUCUCCCUCUUCUCAGAGCCUGAACUGUGCUCGGGCGUCAUGUGUCCUCUCCAGCCUGACGAGUACAAGGCUCUUGAGGGUCACGUCAUGUCCGGUACAACCAUCGGGGAGGAGGACAACCCCUUCACCAACCAGCUGGAGUCAUUCUUUAAGAGCUCUGUUCUACCUACUGGAGCCAACCAGAGUCUUCCUUGGGAGGAGAUCAUGAAGAUCCUUAAGGAAACCAACCAGAAGAGCUACCUGGGCACAGCUGCUAAGGUUUCCCUCAUCACAAUCUAUUCCUUACUGAUUACUGUCGGGAUUCUGGGAAACCUCAUCGUCGCCUUCGUCAUAGGCCAUCGCCCUGAGCUGAGGACAGCUCGUAAUGUGUACAUUAUCAACUUGGCGGUGUCUGACGUCAGUAUGUGCCUAGUGUGUAUGCCAUUCACAUUAGUCGGACUUCUGCACAAGAACUGGAGCUUAGGGAACUUUAUCUGUAAGUUAGUGCCGGUGGUGCAGUGUACCAACAUACUAGUGUCGACGGCGACCAUUGUGGCCAUUGCCGCCGAUCGCUAUUUAACUAUCGUCUGCGUCCAGAGAAACAGAGACGCCCGGGCGUACAUACCUUGGUCAGUGGCGGCUAUAUGGCUCGUGUCCCUAGUGUUUCCCCUCCCGCUUUUCGCGUACUACUUCGUAGAGAAGGUGCAGAUCAAGGACUACUUGCUGUACGAGAAGUGUGUUGAGUCGUGGUCGUCGCCGGUGGUGAAGUACACAUGGAACAUCACGCUCAUCGUCAUGCAGUACAUCAUCCCCAUCCUGGUGCUGAGCUUCGUACACGGGAGGAUCCAGAACUACCUGAGCAGUCACAAGAUGUCUCAACGCGACGCCCGCAGAGCCCAGCGGGAGAUCGAGCGCAACAGGCGGACCACUAUCCUCCUCACCUCCAUCGCCGUAACGUUCGCCAUCUGCUGGCUGCCUUGGCACGUCGUCAACCUCCUCGCAGACUUCAACUACGCGGGCUUCCAGGAGCCGGAGUACUUCUACGUGGUGUUCGGGUCGUGCCACGCUGUCGCCAUGAGCUCGGCGUGCAUUAACCCUAUCCUCUACGGCUGGCUCAACACCAACCUGCGCAAGGAGAUGACGCAGGCCAUACCUAUAUUACUCAGGAAGACGUCGUGUCCAUUGCGACGGUCAGGCAACACAGGGGGCGGCGGGGUGACAGGAACAAAUCCCACGGUGGAGAGUGUGUCCCUGCUGGUCCAUAGGCCCCUCAGGGACGACUCCUGCCCCGGGAAGGAUGUUCCUGAAGAAGGAGGGUCCAAAAAGAACCACCAUCAGACGAAGACGCCCUUCCUUAAGACGGAGUCGGCGAAGAUUGGGGAAGUUACCGAUCAAAACCACGACGAGACCUAGCAGGCGCACAAUGGUACUUCAGUUAACGGCGAAGACAGGUAGACAACAACAACAACAACACAGUGAUGACAAGAUGCAAGGAGACUUCACUGUUCAUCGACACACAAUAUUAACAACGUAUUGAACUCGUUGAACAAGACGUACUAUAGCCCUUUGAACACAAUGAUCUCAUUUUCUUCCUACGAGUGUGAUGAUGAUGAUGAUGAUGAUGAUGAUGAUGAUGAUGAUGAUGAUGAUGAUGAUGAUGAUGAUGAUGAAUACAAAGGUUAAGUCAUCAUACUCAAGGUGUGAAGUCAUCUCACUCAGGGGGUUCGAUCAUCGUUUUUUUUCAAGGAGUUACAUUACUCGUACUCAUAGUCUCAAACGAUUAAUUCGUACUCAAUGGCUUUACCUUGUAGGAUUGGGUAAUUGUACUCUAGAGGUAUAAGUCAAUCGUACUCAAAAAGAUUAGCUCAUCACACUCAAAAAUCGAAUCAUUGUACGCCAGAGGUUAAGUCAAUCGUACUCAAAAAGAUUAGAUCAUCACACUCAAGGGGUUAAGUCAUUGUACUCCAAAGGUUCAGGUCAUACGUACUCAUAAGGGACUUAAGGGAGAGAAAAAAAUUCGGAAUCUUCUUUUUUACAUGAGCUGUGUGUUGAGAGUAACUAUUAAUGUUUAAGUGACUAUUAAGUGUUAAAUAAAGUGGAUAUUGAAUGUACUUAAGAUGAAUUAUGUGAAUGUUUAGUAAUAAAAUGGUUUAGAAUGAUAUAUUUUCUACAAAGUGAUGUCAGUGGUGUGUGUGUGUGUAAUAAUAAUAAUAAUAAUAAUAAUAAUUAACGGUUUAUUGAAAGAGCUUGGCA